ACCGGCGCACCGCACAUCGGUGCCUAGGUCACUCGGGCCCACUCCACAGAACUACGGAAGAAGAAGAAGCAGUCGGCAGCAAACUGAAUGGCGCUUCGCGCUGUGGAGCUCCGGAGAUUCCUUCUCCGGCGCAUCGGCGGCGGCGAGGCGGCCCUGCCUCCUCUCGCGUGGCGCGGCCGGCCAGCGAGCACAUCCGCCCCGGCGGACGACGAGCUCGCGGGGAAGAGCGCCUACGAGGUCCUCGGGGUUGGGGAGACCAGUUCCAGCGCCGAGAUCAAGGCUUCCUUCCAUCGCCUAGCCAAAGAGACCCACCCAGACGUCGCCGCGGCUGCUGGUUCCCGACGGUUCCUUCAGAUCCUCGCCGCCUACGAGAUCCUAUCAGAUUCACAGAGAAGGGCUCACUAUGAUAGCUACCUGCGAUCGCAGAGGCGGGUUGUGGGGAAACAUCCCAGGCCAUCUCAGUUCGUGUACCCAAGUGGUUCAGGCUCAGGCAUUGUGGUACCUCGAGAGAGCAAUGUUGUUGAAUGGCUGAAAUGGUACAGGCUUACCAUUGACGACAUAGUUACCAAGAAGAGGGUUGCCACUGGCUCUGGUUAUUUUGAAAGGCUCGAAAGCGAGCUGUACACGGCUAUCCAUGCUGCAUACUAUGGCCCUGAUGUCGACUCCAUGGAUGUCCUUCCUGAUUGCUUUGAAGCCGAGGAGAGAUCUGCAUAUGAAACCUCUGAGCUAUUACACCUUGUUUCAGGCCGUGAUCUUUUUGGUAUUGUUACUGUAACUGAUAGUGUCAAAGAGCUGUCAGAUGUUUGUCGUGAAAAACUGGUACCCUCUGGUUGUAGAUCUUCGGAAUUUACUCAUGUUGUUUCAAGAAAUGCGAAUAAGAAUUCAAUAUCUAUGAAUCCUGUUGAUAUGAACAAGCAAGAAAUGCGAUAUGAAAAUGAUGUUCCUUCAUCAGAUUCCUUCAAGGACAUUGAGUUGCAAAUAUGUGGGAAAUUAGUUGCUACUGCGACUAGGAGCCCCAACUGCGAUUGCAUUGACAAAUCGGAUUUGGAAGAAGAUCACAUUCAUGUGUAUCUUGUUCCAAAUGCAAAUAUAUCUGAUUUAACACAUGGGAAACUUCUCCUCGGCACAAUUACUGGGUUAGCCACCACUGGUGAGGAAGGAUCUUGCUGUGUCUACGAUGGUCACAACAUAAAGACACACAUUAUUAUGAAGCACAGGACAUUGAUGGUUAAACACAUGCACUGGUAUCAGGUUGGAGAUACAGUUUCACCCUGUGAGUGUCGAUGUAGUAGGGCUCGAUUGCCACCUAGCAGAAAUAUGGAUGCCCUGAAGACCAUGGUUCGUCCAGCUACAUAUAAGAUUGGUAGGGGGUAUUGGCUUUUUGAGCCUCGUUGUUACAUGCAUGACACUGGUGGAUGGUAUAUCGAAACUUAUGGGAGAGACAAGAAAGGGAGGACGAUUCCGUCUCAAAGACAGUGGGAUGGUUCCAAUGAACAUUCUGAAAAGAGAUUGCAUCCUGCAAUGUAUCUUGCUGCUCUGGCUUACAGAUCUUUGGAUCUUGAAGAUGCUGGAAGAAGACGAUGGAAUGUGACUAGCUUGCUGCAAUGGUCCUUAUCUCAUCUUCGUCAGCUGUUCAAAAAAAGUUGCUAAUGGAGAGAAAGGGGAUUGACACGAGAACACCAUGAAAAUAGUUGUUUGGGGUCUCGCUUUAACAAUUAGACUGAACCUGUGGUGUCACACCCUUUGCUGGUUCUGUUCAGCUGCUUUUUAGUAUGCUACUGUAUAGUUAGAAACUAAUGUGCUUUCUUGAUAUGAUAGCUGAUAAGGACAUCUUUCUGAGGCUGUUGACUACCCUGCCCGUUUGAUAUACAACAUGAUAGUAAAGGUUUGCAGAGCGUGCGAUAAAUGAUCUGACACUGAUGGUAAGAUAGCCAGAAUCCUACAUGACAAUGUCUUCUACAUCGUUUUAUGCAUAUUUCUUAGCUACAAGUGACAUGUAACUUAAAAGGAUGGUGCCAUGGUGGUAUCCACCAUUUUGCACAUCUGCUGUAUUUUUAUAAGAAUUUAAAUCCAAAGCCGACUGAUUGAGAA